UUUUGCUCCGAUGUCUUCCACGACACGCGCUUGUCUUAAUACAGAAUAGCGCCGGAUGACCGAUUCCUUCUCCAGCCACUCUCCUGCUUGGUGAUCUGAGUGGCCACGCCGCUCCUACUGCGUUGUCCCUCCUCUCCACCUUCCCUAUUACGCUUCUCUCUAGUCUCUACUAGUCUACCUCUGCUCCCUUAGAUUUUUCCACAUCGCGAUGAGAGGCCUUCCGACUUCCUCUCCCAUCCUCUUCUCACGGCUCCUCUCGCUGAGUCGACGAAUCCCGGAACAUGGAUUCACCGCCCAUAGCAAUCCCUGGAUCGGAGUUCGUUGUUUCUCCAGUGGUGUUUCGGGGUCUUCGUCAGACCGGCGCCGAGGUCCGCUGGUUCAGUAUAAAAGCAUGGUUAGUGAAGGAAAACUUAAACACGAUAUUUAUCAGGAAAAGGUUGCUCUUGAACUUGAGGAGUUACUGGGAAAGCUGCAAAACUACGAAAAGGAAAUGGAGGAUUACCAUGUUAAAUUGGCAAACUGGGAGAAGAGUAGAGAGAAUGAAAGGCGGAAACUCCUAUUAGAAGAAGCUGAGCAUAAACAACAAGGCGGUGUAUGGAUAGAUACUAGGAAUCACAGGAAGAGUUUAAUUGGCAAGUGGAUCUCAAGGAGAAGGCACCAGAAUGUAGAACCAGGUGUUGGAAAGAUGGUCUCAUUUCUUAACCGCGAGAAGAAGCUAGAUUCACUAGUUGGUAUCAAGCCAGUUCCUCCUCCAUCUCCAAAAGGGAUUUACUUGUAUGGAAAUGUUGGAAGUGGAAAAACCAUGCUAAUGGAUAUGUUUUACUCUGCCACUGAAGGUAUUGUUAAACAUCGUAGACGGUUUCACUUGCAUGAGGCAAUGCUUGAAAUACAUGAGCAUAUGCAUGAAGUAUGGAAGAAUCAAACAGUGGAUCGGUCUCAACAUUCAACUGUUUUUAGUUGGAUAGAUGGUCUCCCAUUUAGUGAGAAAGUCAAAGAAUGGUUGAUUGGAGAAGAGAGAUAUAAACAAGAAGUACAUACAAAGCAUAUACUCUCUGCUGUAGCAGAUAAAUUUUUAAUUGACAGAAAAACAGAUGAGACUGGAGCAAGCAUACUUUGUUUUGACGAGAUACAGACAGUUGAUGUCUUUGCUAUCAUUGCUUUAUCUGGUAUUGUCAGCAAAUUACUGAGCACUGGUACAGUUCUUGUCGCGACCAGUAACCGGGCACCAGAGGAACUGAAUCAGGAUGGUAUGCAGAAAGAUAUAUUUCUUGCUUUUUUAUUGAAAUUGGAGGAAAAUUGCCAGAAAAUCUUGGUCGGAAGUGACAUAGACUAUCGUCGCUUAAUACCAAAGACAAGGAUGGAUCAUGUAUACUUUUUCUGGCCUUCCAAAUCUGAUUCUUGCAGAGAGUAUGAAGAAACGUGGCACAAGAUCACUGGGAAGGCUGGAGGGAGGAUAAUUUCCACAAUUAUUCCUGUGAUGUUUGGGAGAUUUCUUGAAGUUCCUGAAAGCUGUAACGGAAUUGCAAGAUUCGACUUCGAAUACCUAUGUGGACGCCCAGUCGGGGCUGCUGAUUAUAUUGCAGUAGCAAGACAUUAUCAUACAGUUUUCAUUUCAAAUAUACCUGUCAUGAGUAUGAGGAUUCGUGACAAGGCACGGAGAUUUAUUACAUUGAUCGAUGAGUUAUACAACCAUCAUUGCUUGACCUUUUGCUUAGCAGAUAGUUCAAUUGAUGAUCUGUUUCAAGGUACAGAUGAAGGAACUCUUUUUGAUCUUGAGAGUUUCCAGUUUGAAACUGAGAUUGAAGGUGGAAAGCUACGGCGAGAUGUUUUAGCCGAAGGCAGUGUUGGCUCAGGAGCUUCUCCUUCAGGAAUUGUGUCUUUGUUGUCUAGCCAAGAAGAGAUGUUUGCUUUUCGUAGAGCAGUAUCACGCUUGAUUGAAAUGCAAACGCCUUUAUAUAGGGAAGGGGUCAAAGCCUUUCAUCUCCUGUUCCAACAACACCACAACAAUCGACUAACAAGAUCAGCUCCUGUUUCCUACAAUCCAUCGUUGUGAUGAGAACUAUAUAGUUUCCAUAGGAACAAGAAAUGGUGUGCUUAUUCAAAUUAUUAUUCUGAUUCCUCUCAAGGCACCAUUAUUUUCUUUUAUUUAUUUAUGCCAUCCUUCCUUAUGAGUUGGCUUCAAUAAAGAACUCGUUGAGAGCUAAACCAAUAAGGCAAUAAUACUUCAGCACAGCACCAUCUUAAACUUAGCGCAACAGCGACCUGAGUUCAUGUUCUUAGGAGUGUUGAAUGUAGUGUAGUCCUCUCAGAGAAACAUACGGCUUGUUAUUUUCAUCUAUUCUCGAUAGAUGUUGAAAUGUGUUAUUAUCAACUAUAUUCUUGAAA